GCCUCCGCCCGGCCGGCCGGUCCCGUCGGCUGCCGGUAAACAACGCCGCUCCGGCCCGCCCGCGAGAUCAGCUCCGGGCUUUGGGUUUCGUUGUUGUCGUCUUCGGGGUUGAGAGAGAUUGUCCUUGCCCAGGCAGCCCGCUUCGACCCCCGGUACCGCUCCCCGCGGGCGCUGAGUAAGCGGGGUCUCUGCCUGGCGGGCUCGCUCCCCUCCCUCCGGCUGUCUGGUGCCACGGCGCCGGCAAGCGGCUGUUUUGCUGCUGGCGGCUUCGCACGCCGGGGGAAUAAACCCCGUUCGUGUGCGGGGUGCCAGCGGCUGCACGGCGAGACGAGUGACAGGAAACUCGGAAUAGCAGCUCGAAAAGCGGUUCUGUCCUGCAGGAAAAGCAAAAUGAAGGAACUAGUGUCAAACAGUACAACCAGUAUAUCUCAAGCCAGGAAAGCCGUGGAGCAAUUAAAAAUGGAGGCAUACAUGGAUAGGAUGAAGGUAUCCAAGGCUGCAGCAGAUUUACUGGCAUAUUGUGAUGCUCAUAUUGGAGAAGAUCCCCUUAUUAUUCCAGUGCCUGCAUCUGAAAAUCCCUUUAGGGAGAAGAAACUCUUUUGUACUAUCCUUUGAGUGGGUUUUCAAUUAAAAAUGUCUUCUGCUAAAAUUUGGUAUCAGUGUUGCAUGCUUUUAGUUUUAGCAUUUUUUCCUUCAGAUGUCAAUACUUAGACUAUAAUUACACUAUUUUUAGAAGGUAGUGCAUUUUCUGGUAAAAAAAAUAAAAUUAAAAAAAAUCCUAAAAAAUUCAAUGUAAUCCUUAGCUUUCAGACCAAUGGGCAACUUUAAUUUCAGUUCUUCAUAAAGAUUCUUUUGGUCUUAAUGAAAGCAUUGAGUACAGUAUCAAAUUGUAGAUGUCUUUGCCAGUCAUAGAUUUUUCUGAGACCUAAAUGAGUCAUACCAGUUCUUGAAGCUAUUUUUAACCUUCUUAUUUUCUUUGGAAGGUGAAUUUAAUUCAUUUGCCUUUACAAAUUUCUAUCUAAAAAGAGUAGCGUGACCUUUCCUCAAGUAGCACUAUUUAGGAAAAAAUCCCAGUGAUUUAUGAUGUUUGGAAUGGUCAGUCCUAUACAGUAAGUGGUGUUUAUAAGUGUUUUCUGAAGACUGUAAUAAACUUGACUACAGAAACAAUCUUAGUAAAGCAGCAUUGUAACUACAAGCAAAAUGAAGAUGUAUAGUUACACACCAUCAAUAAAACUGUAGAAAAACCUG